GGUGUGUGCUUCAGGUAGCCAGGCCAAAGCACAAAAUAUAGUCCUAGAAGAACCCCUUUAUAUAUCUCAACAGACGGAAAGAGAUAUCAUCGUCUUAGAGCUACUUCCCGAAGAUAUCACAUCAACCUUCCCUUGGUAUUCCAGUUCGAAUACAGAGGUCUUCAUGUCCUCGACACAGACCAAUCCGGCCUCGCAAAAUAUACCUCCAUCAAAUCCCUCUAACAACACACACUCUAGAUCGCGGUCUGAGAAAGGGGACGCGGUGGCUUCCAACCCGGCAGGGACUGAGCACCCUUCAACUGCCUCCGAAAAGUGCUUAGAUGCGACCAAUGAUGUGAGAGAAAUCAUAAGGCUCGUGCAGUGUGAGGUGUGCUCCCGAGUUCUCGAGGAGCCAACUACACUGCCAUGUGGACAUAGUCUUUGCAAGCAAUGCGUGCCUCAGACGCAUGUUCGAACCAACAUCUCCUAUCCUGCCACAGCUAAUCGACGUCAUGGGUUCAAAUGUCCGUUUGAGGACUGCAAAAAAGAGCAUGCCGUCCAAGAUUGCGCUCUUGAUGUCACAUUGAAUAAGGCGUUGGCCAUAUUUAAAUCCACCAUCGAGACAGACCGAAAUAGAGUAGACCUUUCCAAAUUCCUAACGCAAAUUACAGUUCACGAUAAAUGGGAAGUCGCCGGUGUUCCGUCACUCACCAAGAAGGUGUCUGGGCCCAGCUUGUUAAAAGGGGGCCGCAUCGUCGCAACCUACACACUGGUCGAGCUUGGCAGAUUAGAUUAUGGCUGCGAGGUGUCCUAUGCUUCCUUUGGCGUGGGAGAGGACGAGGUCGAGCAGAUCGAUACGGCCGUGUUAAAUCGGAUAAAGGAAUCGACGAGGACAGAAAUGGAUUGUCAGGUCUGUUAUGCAUUAUUCUUGGAUCCUUUAACGACGACUUGUGGGCACACUUUCUGUAGAAGCUGUCUCCAUCGUAUCCUAGACCACUCAGAUCUUUGUCCACUUUGUAGGCGCCCUAUGUCAGUACAGGCCCAGGUUAACCGGCAGUCCUACCCCUCGAACCAGCGGCUUUGUAAGACGAUCAAUGCAUUCUGGGCAGACCUCGUCGCACUCCGGUCCCAAGCGUAUAGGUUGGAGCAACAAGCUAACAAUGGCGGGUAUGAUAUCGCGCUCUUCGUCUGCACGUUGGCUUUUCCCCGUAUGCCCACCUUCCUCCAUGUUUUUGAACCACGGUACCGCCUGAUGAUUCGACGAGCUAUGGAGGGUGAUCGGACCUUUGGGAUGGUGUUGCCGUCGAGAACACGCGAACCCGGUGCGCCCAACUUUAUGGAACUCGGCACGCUACUUCGUAUCGUAAACAUUGAAUUCUUUCCUGAUGGGCGGAGUCUCUUGGAGACGGUGGGCGUCUCUCGGUUCCGGGUGACUCGUCAUGGCUGGCUAGAUGGGUACGUGGUCGGCAACAUUGAGAAAAUAAACGACAUUAGUGUGGCGGAGGAAGAGUCUAUGGAGGCAUCCGAGACAAUGCGGGCUCGAAGAGAACGGCAUAUAUCCGUGGAAGGGACCCAGAAUUAUACGAGAAACCCCCACGCCGGGUCCCGGCCAGGACCCCUGGUGCUAGAGGAUCUGGAAACCCUGUCAACUCGAGAGCUAGUUGAUAUGGGUGUGGUCUUUGUCAGGAGGAUGCGGCAACAGAGCGUGGCGUGGCUAACGGCCCGAGUCCUCGCUAUCUACGGAGAAUGUCCGACGGACCCGGCGAUAUUCCCUUGGUGGCUGGCUAGCAUAUUGCCGAUCAAAGACGAGGAAAAGCACAAAAUGUUGGGCACUUCGAGCGUACGGGAGCGACUGAAGCUGUGUUGUCGGUGGAUUGUGGAAUGGGAAUCCAGCAGAUGGGUCCUUUCCGAUUGCCUAGUCAUGUGACAGGCGAUUGUAUUUAUAUCCAUCACCAUGGCCAUGUUCGUCAGAUGCUUGCUUGGGCCUCUUUACUAGCAAGCUUACCAACCUAUCUACCUUUUUGAUACUUGAAUGUGUCCAAAGUCGACGAUAUCGAGAUCUACCCGAGUUUGGAUUCUAGACAAAGGGUUGUUAUUGUUUAUGUGCUUUAGCAUGGCAUUUCUUAUCGUGCGGCAGCAUAUGCGAUCGAUGCAAGUUUAGAUAGAUCUGAAGAGUUCAAUGUUUUGUGUCAAUCUUUGUUGUAUGUUGUAUUAUAGGCAUUCAUUCAAAGUCAUAAGCAAGGGGGAUGAUUACGAGAGAACGAUAGAAGUCAUGUAUAUUUGUAUGUUUGUAUGAGUUCGCAUUACGUGAGGAAUAUAUUAUUUCUCUUUGCCUGUGUCUUCUUGUUCGUGCUAGAUUAUAGGUAGAUCAUAGGUAGAUUAUAGAAGCUCUAUAUCUUAG